CGUCCAUACAACGCAAGCGACAUCAACAAGUGUGUCUGUACAAUGUCGAUCAGCUAUUUGAGUGAUUAUCGCCUGUCACUCAAGAGUCAAACACGUAUAAUCCUGUUUUGGGGGACUUUACGCCGAUAGGAUUGCGUUUCAUAUAAAACCACAAAACGGCGACUCUGAACGAAAAAAAAAUCGACUGGUUUUGGAAACCCAAUACAUGACAGACGGGUUCAGAGCAGGCUGCACAUCAUCAGCCGGGCUAAGCACAUCCGUAAUGAGGAGGGUGGGUGGGGGUGCAGUUCUGGAAGAUUCUGUGGGAAUCUUACGAGUGGACCCCGUUUCACCAGAGUAUUGUGGGGACUGUCUCUCCUCCUGGGCAGUCUGGUGAAACCAUAACGCCUACAAUAACCGGGGCUCGGGCGAAGCCCUUAAGAUCUGAUGCAUGGAAUAGACUGAUCUCUACUGCUCCCUGUGAAGAUGUCAAAGAGGCCCUAUGCCCCGCCCCCUCCACCAGCCCCCACAACUCAAAUCCCCAACACUGCUGGGUUUGUGGGCUACAACCCAUACAGCCACCUGGCCUACAACAACUACAGGCUCGGAGGGAGCCAAGGCACCAACGGUCGGGUAACGAAUACCUCGGGAAUAAACAUCCCAAAGCCGCCCAAGCCCCCUGACAAGCCAUUGAUGCCCUACAUGAGGUACAGCCGCAAGGUUUGGGAUCAAGUGAAAGCCUCCAACCCCGAUCUGAAGCUCUGGGAAAUUGGGAAGAUAAUCGGUGGCAUGUGGAGAGACCUCACUGAUGAGGAGAAACAAGAUUAUCUGAACGACUACGAAGCAGAGAAGAUCGAGUACAACGAGAGCAUGAAGGCGUACCACAACUCCCCGGCCUACCUGGCCUACGUCACGGCCAAGAGCCGGGCGGAGGCGGCGCUGGAGGAGGAGAGCCGGCAGAGGCAGUCGCGGCAGGACAAAGGGGAGCCCUACAUGAGCAUCCAGCCAGCCGACGACCCAGACGACUACGACGACGGCUUCACGGUGAAGCACUCGGCCACCGCCCGCUUCCAGCGCAACCACCGGCUGAUCAGCGAGAUCCUGAGCGAGAGCGUGGUGCCGGACGUGCGCUCGGUGGUGACCACGGCCCGCAUGCAGGUGCUGAAGCGGCAGGUCCAGUCGCUCAUGGUGCACCAGAGGAAGCUGGAGGCGGAGCUACUGCAGAUCGAGGACCGGCACCAGGACAAGAAGAGGAAAUUCAUCGAGGCCACCGAGUCCUUCAGCAGCGAGUUGAAAAGGCUGUGCUGUCUGAAGGUCGAGGUCGACAUGGAGAAGAUCUCCGCUGAGAUCUCGGCGGCGGAGGAGGCGUCCCGCCGGCGCCUGGCGGAGCGGGACAAGGAGGCGGGGGCGGAGCCUGGCGCGCGGGAGGCCCCCACCUGCGUGCUGGCGGAGGAGGAGAAGCACGUCUGCGCCACGCACGGCGGGGGCAAGCCGCCGCAGAACGCUGCAGAUGACGACGACGGCGGCGGCGGCGCCGACGGCGUCAAGGACGGAGAGGAGGCGGGGCCCGGCGCCGCGGACGCCACGGUGAAGCCGGAGGCGGAGUCCCAGCCCGGCGGCGGCGGCGAGGAGGCGGCCUCGGAGGACAAGGACAGCGUCCCCGAGGGAGCCAUGGAGGAGGGCACCAGCGACAGCAACACGGGCUCCGAGACCACCUCGGCCCAGACGGAGGACGCCCCGCCCAGCGAGCCGGUCCCCGAGGGCCCGGGUCCCCUCCCGCGGGGCCGGGCGGCCCACUGAGCCGACCGGUCGCCUGGUCCGACCGCUGAUAUCUCCAUGUGGUCACGCUCUGCACAGUAGCAUCUCAACCCCGUCACCACCUCCAUCCCGACGGGCACCACCUCGCCGAACACCCCCCCCCCCCCCCCCCCCCAGAUAGCAUCGUUAGCUUUAGAGCGUGCGGCGGCGGUGCGGUCACACUCAUUUUGAAGCGUUUGCCCGUCCGUAAAAGCUGAUUUAAAUGGUGUAAACCGGUACAUACCGGUACCCAAUUAAAGCCGAGCCAAUCAAAGCCGAGCCAAUCACAGCUGUACACAGGAAUAGUGGGGGCUGAGACACUCCCCCUCUGAGGCCCUCCCCAGUGGGGGCCCCUCUGAGUCCCUCCCUAGUGGGGGCCCCUCUGAGUCCCUCCCUAGUGGGGGCCCCUCUGAGUCCCUGCCCAGUGGGGGCCCCGUUGAGGCCCUCCCUGGUGGGGGGCCCUCUGAGUCCCUCCCCAGUAGGGGCCCCCCGUUGAGGCCCUCCCUCUGAGGCCCUCCCCAGUGGAGGACCGCCGUUGAGGCCCUCCCAAGUGGGGGCCCCGUUGAGUCCCUGCCCCAUGGGGGGUCUGGUUUCAGCGUGAGGGCCCCUUUAGACACGCGGGGGGGGGGGGGGGGGGGCAAUGUCGUAUGCAGCUCAGCAGGGUGUUUCUGGCGGGGCCCUGCCUUCUCUGUGUAAAUUGCGGGAAAAAGGAGACAGAAGGCGGGGGGGGGGGGGGGAGUCAUAGAAGGCAAUGAGUCGGCAACCCCGGGGAGGGUUACCGUGGCGACGCUUCUGCAACAACAGCCAACGCCUGUCUCUGGAGUUUGUGUUUUUUAGACAGGUGAUUCAUCCGCUCCGGUUGACACAUUGAGGGGGAAAAAUAAAAGAUGUCUGGAGGAAUCCCGUUUUGAGGAAGCUAUACGUUGUUAUUAUUUCCGCCGGCGCAGUGUCUUACUUGAACCUCGAUGAAUGCGAAACGCCGUACGAAGCGUAAACAGUUCGGCCCGCUCGCUCACUACUUCCUUGGCCCACCCACAAUGCAACUCCGGCCGCCGCCCGCCGCCACUGAAGGCUGCUUCCAGGCGUAGCAACCAGGCGUCAGGCAGAGCCCUGAUUAAAUAUAAACCCUGGAGUUGGAAGCACUUGAAGGCCCACAAUGCAACGGGCCUCCUCCUCUCCCAGGUCUCUGGCUGGGGUAGUGAGCCGUAGCGAUAACCCGUGUGAAUGCACUAUUGUUUCUUGCUGGGGGGCCAAUCAGAACAUGUCUCGAACCCGUCCUGCCACAGCACAUGAAUAUCAACACAUGUCUCCCCCGUCAUACGCUCUGCGCGCUACGUCUGGCAGACUCCGGAUCAUUGCAAUUUAGGUGUGUUACAAAAGAGGGAAAACUAAAUAGAGUGUCAUGCUUAACUUUGUCUUUUGUACUGUAAUGCGAUUGCUGCUUUUUCGUCGUUGUUUUUUGCAUGAAGUCGCCGUUUAAAAAACAAAACCGAGAGGAGCGUUUCGUUGGGUUAUUGUGACGAGUGCAGUGAAGUGUCUCCCGUGUGGAAGGUGAUUGGUUUACUCUUAGCCUCCGUGGCAGUGAUUCAGUGACAGUAUCGUCUCAGGAGUUUGUGGGCACUAGUAGCUUUGUUCUUUUUUCUGCGUAAUUUAUUAUCCAGCAAUAGUAUCCUGUCUUGUGUACGGGCUGAAUCGAGAGCAUGAACGAUUGUGUGUGUCAUCACGCAGGGGCGUAGCCACAUGGGGGGCAACGGGGGGGCCACGGCCGCCCUUGGUCAGAGGUUGGCCACCCCGCUGCCCCCCCCCCCCCCAGUCUGAAAAAAUAAAAUGAAAUAAAGCUGAAAUAUGCAUUAUUAUUUUGUCCAAAUUUUGACAGAUAAAUCUUUUCUAAUGUGUUAAUUCUGAUAUUAAAAACAAAUAUUGCAUUUAAAGUUGCAAUAUUCCCCCCCUGUCAACAAUCAAGUGCCACCCCAAACAAAAGACUGGGCCUGGCCCCCACAGCAAUAAUGUUCUGGCUACACCCCUGGUGUCACGUUCUUCUCAUAAAACACCCUUGAACCCGCCCAGCACCUUGUUCACAAGUUUGCCCGCUGUCAAUCAAGCCCCAAGCAGCACGCUUUGAACAUGCCUGCAGUGUUACACACGAUACACACAUUAUCGAUGUUGCAAUGUUCAGAAGAAAACGAAAAAAUGACAACGAUGUUGUUUUGUCGUCCAAGGCUUUGCUCGUAGACAUUGUGUUUAAAAUGACAUUCUUUUUUUCAUAUUUAUAUCAAUAAACUUUUUUACCCAGAA